GUGUUGGUGUUCUCGGGCUUACCUAGCAGCCGACCGGCGCUGGUUGACUUUGCAUACCUAAUCACCAAGAACAUCUCACUGCUGGUGUGUGGCCACGUGGUGUCCGCACGCGUCAACAACCGCACGCGCACCGCACUCAGGCACAAGGCGCACAGUUGGCUGCACUGUCACAAGGUGAAGGCAUUCUACAGCGAGGUGGAUGACGUGUCGCUGGAGGAGGGGGGAAAGGCGUUAUUGCAGGCAACCGGGCUGGGAAAGUUGCGCCCAAAUGUGGUGCUGUUGGGCUACAAGGCCGACUGGGCGCAGUGCGAUCGCCUCCAAUUGGCACACUACUUCCACCUCGUGCACAAAUCGCUUGACCUGUACAUGGCGGUUGCAAUUCUGAGAGUGCCUGGAGGAUUGGACCACUCCAAGCAGAUGUCGGAUGAACCUGAAAUCCUCGCUCUCGACGAGGGCAACACCAGCAUCCUCAACACCAGGCAGAACUCGCAGGAGUCGAUUCCCAGGAAUGUUUCCUACUCGCAAAUGUCUCAAGUGGCUAUGCACCAUUCGAUGAGGUCUAUCUAUGAUCCAGCACAGCAGACUUUUGUGAGUGAUGUGAGUGAACUGACACCCCCUUCCACCCCGAAUGUGAGCCGAAGUAGGAAAGUGAAUGUCCGUCCAGACGCGGACUCCGAUCAGAAGAAGAAAGAUGUGAAAGGCGAUCGCAACUCUAGGCAGUCACGAGGCAGUGUUUACAAGUGAGUAUCGAUGAAA